UUAGACGACGUCCAUGGAUGGGCACUGGGUCUGGCAACGAUUUUCGACGAGAUAGAGGAAACGGUCGCAUGACCAGGCCCUGUUUCCAUGUUCGCUGUCCAUUGCUGACAUGUUCUCGCGAUGAGCAAGUUACACCAGUCGGCUCUUGCUGUCCUAUCUGCAAAGAUCCCUGCAAUGACGUAGUCUGUCCGGAAAAAAAAAUAUGUCCUGGGGGAAUGAAACCAAUUUUCCCACCAGGAGAAUGUUGCCCUAUUUGUCCGACCGGACCGCAAAACUGUGUAGGCAUUUCAUGUGAUUUUCCAACUUGUCUUGGGGGAGCGACGCCGACAACAAAGCCGGGCGAAUGUUGCCCGAGCUGUCCACCAGGACCAAUGGACUGCACAAAGAUUAAAUGUGACUGGUUUUUAUGUCCAGAUGGAAGUGCACCGGUGACCAAAUCAGGAGCAUGUUGUCCAUCCGAAUGCCCAUUGGAUUGUAGUGCUGUAUUUUGUGGUGUUCCAAGAUGUGAAGGAGGUGUCAAACCAGUUAGGAAUUCGGGAGAAUGUUGUGCAAAUUGUCCACCAGGAUUUGCAGACUGCAACACUGUUGAUUGCUUAUGGCUAAAUUGCCCGGAAGGUCAGCAGGAGACCACAAAACCCGGCGACUGCUGCCCUACAUGCUCGACAGGACUGCCAAAUCCGAUAAACUGUGCCCGUGUAAGCUGUAUUCAGCCGCGUUGCCUCGGUGGUGUGAGGCCUGACAUCAAGCCUGGCGAAUGUUGCCCGUCAUGUCCGAGGGAACCACCUCACUGUGCAAAUGUUCUGUGUGUUAAUCGACUAGUCUGUCCUUUUGGCACCAGGCCGAUCAGGCUUGAAGGUGAAUGCUGUGAAACCUGCCAACCCCAAGGUUGCGACAUGACAGUGUGCGACCCUUUGCCACAUUGUCCUUGGGGUAUACAACCGGCUGUCAACUCCGGCCAUUGUUGUCCAACAUGUCAAACUGGACCUCUAAACUGCCCGAGCGACGUGCGGUGUCCAGCAUUCUCAGUCUGUCCUAACGGCGCUCCGCCGGUAUUAACUCCGGGAGAAUGCUGUCCCCAAUGUUUGGAAUGCACUGAAACAUGUCCAACGGUGGCUUGUUCUACGGGCUAUAGUCCAAAGAUAAUGCCAGAAGAAUGCUGUCCAACUUGCCAGCCAACAGAGCAAACCGGAUAUACCUGGUAGAUGUUCAUCAACAACAGCAACGCCACCGUCCGCGCAGUGUUUAUCGACGCUUGUGCUUGUGAUUCCGCGUGCCCGAGUCGCCAAGAAUGUUGUAUGUUCACAUAUGGACUCACCUGCUAUAUAGCAAUUGUGUUUUCUCAAAUAUUUAUUCAAUUAGGCACAGGAAAGCGCAGCAUUUCGCUUAGGGUAAACAUGAUGUUCCUCAAUGUCGGAUGUUGUAUGUUGAAAUAGAAAAUAAAACAACUUAUAUAGUA